AGAGCAGCCAAUUCUCUUAACCACUGAGCCACCUCUCCAGCCCUAAAACGCUUUUUUAAAAAGAAAUGCCGAGGGCUAAGCAUGUCCUAUGCCACCAGCCUCCCUUUCUUAAAAUGAUUGUUGGUGUAGGGGCUGCGAGAUGGCCCAGCAGUUAAGUGCACAUUCAACCCUUGUAGAGUGUGAUUCCCAACACCCAUGCAGGUGUCCUCACAGCCACCUGUAACUCUAGCUCCCGAGGAUCCGACACCUUCUAGACCCCGGACACCUGCAUUCAAGGGCACAUAUCAUCAUUCCCCUCCCCCACACACACAUAAUUAAGAAAUAAAAAUAAAAUGAUGGGUGUAAGCCAGGCAUGGUAGUGAAUGCAUCUAAUUCCAGCACUCAGAAGGUCGAGACAAAAGGAUUCUUUAAACAUUUUAAUCAUUCUUUAGGUGUGCAGUUCUACAGGGUUGAUGUUGAUACAUUCACAAUGUGCCUCCGUCACCUGUCACCACUAAUACCUCCACACUCCUCCCGGGGCCCAGCUGAAACCCUGGACCCGUUCAGCAUUUGCUGGUGGUUCUGUCCCAACUCCAGGUCUUUGUGUUUGACCUGCCCCUAACGUACCUGGCUCCUCUGUAAGAAACAUCCUAUGCAGAGGUUUUAUCCCCCGCCCACCCCCACCCCCACCCCCAGUGCUGGGAACUGAACUCAGGUCCUUUAGGUGAGCCACAAGCACUGUCAACCACGGAGCCAUCUCUCCAGCCCCAAGUCCCUUUUUUGCCAGUUCUGGUGGUUGAAGACAGGUCACCGACAGGUCACCAACAGGGCCUGUGCGUGCUAGGCAAGUGCUUGACCAGUGGCAUCUCCAGCCCCUGUAGUGUUUUGGUUUGGUUUUCCUUGCGGCGGGGAAUGGGGGAGCUUGAACUUGUGAUCCUUCUGCACCCAGCACCUGAGUGCUAGGAUUACAGGUGUGUACCACCACAUCUGGUUUAUGUGAUGCUGAGAUCAAACCCAGGGCUCUAUGUGUGCCAGGCAAGCACUCUGCCAGUUUAGCGACAUCCCAAGCCCAGAGCUGAGCUAUGUGCCUGACUUGUUACACUUAGCAUCACAUCUUCAGGGUCUGCCUAGUCCCAGAUCCCUUCAGGGUGGUGGUUCAGAAAGUUGUGGUUAUGGAGGCCUCCAGAGUACUAUGCAGCCCAAGGCCUCUGGGCCAGCCCAGGCUCUUGUCUCCAGGCAGCCACAUGAAGUCACCCUAGAUCCCAGGGUGCUGGGAUUCUGCGUCACCCCAUUGUCUGUCAUGGUGUCUCGGUUUAGCUACAGGGGAGACCCUCUUCCUCCGUCCUCUCGACUCCUGGCAUCCAGCAGCGGAUGGGGCCUGCAGAGGCACACUGGUCCAGCCUCCUGUCCAGCCAGUGAUAGAAAGCCGCACACACCCUCUGGACACUGUCUGCCUCCUCCUCUACUCGGCCCUUCCUGGAUGAACCCCUCCUGAGAGCCUCCUCCCCGGCCUCCUCCCCAGGCUCCUCGAGGAACCUCCCCAGCUGUUGCUCCUGCUGCCUCCUCAGCCUCAGAGACUGAACUUGCCUCUCCUGUAUGGAUCUUCCCCAGAUGUGAAAGUUUCUCCCUGGCACUGCUGAGGCCAUCGAGGACAGCUGGCUGCUUGGGGCCUGUGGUCCAGCUCAGCCCUGCCAGAAGAGAGCCCGUCCUUGCUGCCCUGCUUCCCAGGGCAGGACUGUCAGGACCCUCCCUACCCUGACUGACUUUGGUUAACUCAUGGUGUGUGUGGUCUCGUGUCUGGUGUAGGUAUUUGGACGGUGCGCGCCUGGUCCUCCCUUCUCUGCUCGUCCUGACCUUUGAGAAGCGUCUCAACUCCACGAUGGCAGCGGAGACCCUCAACUUUGGGCCUGAGUGGCUGAGGGCCCUUUCCAGUGGUGGCAGUGUGACCUCGCCACCUCCGUCCCCUGCCAUGCCCAAAUACAAGCUGGCGGAUUACCGCUAUGGGCGAGAGGAGAUGCUGGCCCUCUACGUCAAGGAGAACAAGGUCCCCGAGGAGCUGCAGGACAAGGAGUUCGCCGCAGUGUUACAGGAGGAACCCUUGCAACCCCUGGCCCUGGAACCUCUGACCGAGGAGGAGCAGAGAAACUUCUCCCUGUCAGUGAACAGUGUGGCUGUGCUGAGGCUGAUGGGGAAGGGGGCUGGGCCCCCUUUGGCCGCCACCUCCCGUGGCAGGGGCAGCACACGGAGCCGAGGCCGUGGCCGUGGGGACAGCUGCUUUUACCAAAGAAGCAUUGAGGAAGGCGAUGGGGCCUUCGGACGCAAUCCCCGGGAGAUCCAGCGAAGCCAGAGCUGGGAUGACAGAGGUGAGAGGCGGUUUGAGAAGUCUGCGAGGAGGGAUGGAGCGCGAUCUGGGUUUGAGGAGGGAGGGGCUGGCCCGAGGAAGGAGCACGCACGCUCCGACAGCGAGAACUGGCGCUCACUGCGGGAGGAGCAGGAGGAGGACGGGAGCUGGAGACUCGGGGCAGGACCCCGGCGGGACGGUGAUCGGCGGGACGGUGACCGCUGGCGUUCUACCAGCCCCGAUGGUGGUCCCCGCUCUGCUGGCUGGCGGGAGCAUGGGGAGCGGAGGCGCAAGUUUGAUUUCGACUUGCGAGGGGAGCGAGGAGGGUGUGGUGAAGAAGACGGGCGGGUUGGGGGAGGCAGCUCCCACCUCCGGCGAUGCCGGGGGCUUGAUGGGUUUGAAGAUGACAAGGACGGGCUCCCUGAGUGGUGCCUGGAUGAUGAAGACGAGGAGAUGGGCACUUUCGAUGCCUCUGGGGCCUUCCUGCCUCUUAAGAAGGGCCCCAAGGAACCUAUUCCCGAGGAGCAAGAGCUUGAUUUCCAGGGCCUGGAGGAAGAGGAGGAGGAGCCUUCAGAAGGGGUAGAUGAAGAGGGGCCUGAGGCAGGGGGGAAGGAGGCGACCCCAUUGCCUCCUCCAGAGAAGUCUAGCUCCCCAUCUUCCCUGCCUGCCUUGGGCCCUCUCUGGACGACGCAGGAGGAUGGUGAUGAAGCCGUGGAGAAAGAGCUUCCGCCCCCCGCUGAAGGAGACGAGAUGAGGGGACUGUCACUGAGCCCUGGCGUCGGCUCACCUCCCGGCCCCCCUGGAGAUCUGGAAGAUGAAGAAGGCUUGAAGCACCUGCAGCAGGAGGCAGAGAAGCUGGUGGCCUCCCUGCAGGACAGCUCCCUGGAGGAGGAGCAGUUUACGGCCGCCAUGCAGACCCAGGGCCUCCGCCACUCCACAGCCGCCACUGCCCUUCCCCUCAGCCACGGCGCUGCCCGAAAGUGGUUCUACAAGGACCCACAGGGGGAGAUCCAAGGCCCUUUCACGACCCAGGAGAUGGCUGAGUGGUUCCAGGCCGGCUAUUUCUCCAUGUCACUCCUAGUGAAGAGGGGCUGUGACGAGGGUUUCCAGCCUCUGGGAGAGGUGAUCAAGAUGUGGGGCCGCGUGCCCUUUGCCCCCGGGCCCUCGCCACCCCCGCUGCUGGGGAACAUGGAUCAGGAGCGGCUGAAGAAGCAGCAGGAGCUGGCUGCCGCGGCCCUCUACCAGCAGCUGCAGCACCAGCACUUUCUGCAGCUGGUUGGCAGCCGCCAGCUCCCGCAGUGCACGCUCCGGGAAAAGGCAGCUAUGGGGGACCUGACGCCGCCGCAGCAGCAGCAGCUCACAACCUUCCUGCAGCAGCUCCAGGCUCUCAAAACCCCCAGGGGUGGGGACCAGAACCUGCUCCCGACGAUGAGCCGGUCCUUGUCGGUGCCAGAUUCAGGCCCCCUCUGGGACUUACAUACCUCAGCUUCAUCACAGUCAGGUGGUGAGGCCAGUCUUUGGGACAUACCAAUUAACUCUUCGACUCAGGGUCCAAUUCUAGAACAACUCCAGCUGCAACAUAAAUUUCAAGAGCGCAGAGAAGUGGAGCUCAGGGCGAAGCGCGAGGAAGAGGAGCGCAAACGCCGUGAGGAGAAGCGCCGUCAGCAGCAGCAGCAGGAGGAGCAGAAGCGGAGGCAGGAGGAGGAGGAGCUCUUCCGGCGCAAGCAGGUGCGGCAGCAGGAACUGCUGCUGAAGCUGCUACAGCAGCAGCAAGCCACGAAUGUCCCUGUGCCCCCUGCACCCAGCUCCCCGCCCCCACUCUGGGCUGGCCUAGCCAAGCAGGGUCUGUCCAUGAAGACUCUGCUGGAGCUGCAGAUGGAGAGCGAGCGGCAGCUGCACAAGCAGCCUGCACCCCGGGAGCCGCUGCGGGCCCAGGCCCCCAACCACCGAGUGCAGCUUGGGGGCUUGGGCACUGCCCCUCUGAACCAGUGGGUGUCUGAGGCUGGGCCACUGUGGGGCGGGCCAGACAAGAGUGGGGGCAGCAGCAGUGGCAGCCUGGGACUCUGGGAAGACACCCUCAAGAGUGGCGGGAGCCUGGCCCGAAGCUUGGGCCUAAAGAACAGUCGGAGCAGCCCAUCUCUCAGUGACUCGUACAGCCACCUGUCAGGUCGACCUGUUCGCAAAAAGACAGAAGAGGAAGAGAAGUUGCUGAAGCUGCUCCAGGGCAUCCCUCGGCCCCAGGACGGCUUCACCCAGUGGUGUGAGCAGAUGCUGCACACCCUGAGCACCACAGGCAGCCUGGAUGUGCCCAUGGCUGUAGCGAUCCUCAAGGAGGUGGAGUCCCCCUAUGAUGUCCAUGAUUAUAUCCGUUCCUGCCUGGGGGACACGCUGGAAGCCAAAGAAUUUGCCAAACAAUUCCUGGAGCGGAGGGCCAAGCAGAAAGCCAGCCAGCAGCGGCAGCAGCAGCAGCAGCAGCAGCAGCAGGAGGCCUGGCUGAGCAGUACCUCCCUACAGACAGCCUUUCAGGCCAACCACAGCACCAAGCUGGGCCCUGGGGAGGGCAGCAAGGCCAAGAGGCGGGCGCUGAUGCUACACUCAGACCCCAGCAUCUUGGGGUACUCCCUGCACGGCCCUUCUGGUGAGAUCGAGAGCGUGGAUGACUACUGACCAGCCUGUCCCACCAGCCCCCUGGGCUUUAGGCUUGGGUGGCGGCGGCGGCGGCAUGGACCCUUGGGUCUCCAGCCUGCAGGCUCCCAGCCAGGAGCAGAGGAGGAAGCAAGUGGGGCGGGGUCCCCAGCACUUGUUACAA